AUGAUUUUUAAGAGAAAGAACAAAGGGAUUACCAAGCAUGCGGGGAAAGUUCAGACAGCCAAAGGUAUCCAAAAUCUUAUUCCUUCUGAAUUAUGAGCUCUUUUUACAAAGCAAGAUCUGAAACCAGAGAUGCUGAUGAGCCAAGGAGGCCAACUCAGAAGCCAACAGCCAACUGAAGAGAUCAAAGAACUCUCGAGCUUUGUUGAUGAGCAAGAGAUUAGUAAGACUCCGAUCAAAAUGGGGAGACCAAGGAAGUUUCCAGAAUCUGGGUUCUAUACCAAGAACAUGAGGCUUGAUAUUCUUAACAAGAAUCUAUUAAGAGGGGUCAAAAGAUAUCUUGUGGGGCUCUUCAGGAUAUUCUGUAUCAACUCUGGACUCUUUCAGUAUGAGAGCCUUAAUCAAGACUUGCUUCAGUUACAGAGGAUGAAAUUCGAAAUUAAUGAUGACCUGUUCGAACAAGCCAUGCAAGGCUUUGUGCCUUACUUUCUACAGUUAGAGGCUUCUGGGACCGCUAGCUCAGCCUGCCAAACUCUGGGAGACUCAGAGAAGUUGAAGGAGCUACUGACUGUUUUCAUUGACCCAUCAAAAAGCCUUGACACGAAGUUUCCUGGAACCGAAAAGCUCUUGAAACGCGAAUUCCAUGGGAUGCUCUACGCUUACUCGCACAUAAAACUGGAGAGGUUCCUAGUGCUUCCGGAGAUGAGAUUGCUACUUAACAGAAUGCUGAGUGAAGACUCUCUCACCAAGGUUUUAUCUACCAAUCAGACUUUGAGCAUGGAAGAAGACAUUUACAGAAAGUGCGCAGAAAUGAUUCUGGAAAAAGCCCAGAAGCAUGAGCAAAGUUUAGUGAGCAAUGACUUGUAAUAUGGUAUUCUCAACAAGUUAGCUUCAAUUAGGUUUAGAAGCUUGGCUUCAAAUUAGUUGUGUAGAUUCAUAUUUAUCUGCUACCCAAUUUAUUAUGAUUCAUCGGCUUAUUGCAAAGCAUCAUUUC